AUGAGCUCAUUACUAGAGAUACAAAGACUGUCUUUAGAAAAUAUAGAUAUCAUAGAAGAUGCUAUAACCAAAAGACUAUUGAGAAAUCCAAAUAUAUUACCUUCAAAUCUACUUUCCAAGCAAAAGAUACUACGAGAUAAUCAAAACUCAUCAUACACAAAUCAUUUAAAAUUACUUCAAAAGCAUGAAUUAAAGUUUUUUAUGGAGGAUUAUAUUAGACUAUUGAAAUCUGCAUCACGUUGUUUUACCGAUGAAUCAACUAUAUACGAUCAAGAAACUCAAAAUUUGAAAGAUGAUAUAAAUUAUCAAAAGUUCGAUCAAUUAAUUGACAAUAUUCCAGACAACGAAGCCGAUGAAAUAAGAGCUACCUCCUUGAAAGAAAUGUAUUUACCAUUUUAUACAAAAGAUCCCACUGACAUCAAGUACAAGAUUAAUAAGAAGUCAAAGAAGGAAAAGAGAAUGGUAAAGAGAAAGUGUAUCUUAAGUUCAGCUGCGUCACAUUUGAAGGGUCUUGAGGUGGACGAAACUAUAGAUUUCAAACCUUUUUUUGAUACAUACAAUGCAAAUUUUACAACUAAAGCAAAGUCCUACAUCGAGUUUUUAUACAGUUUUCAAAUUUUUCCAUAUGAAAUCACUAAUCAUUUGUACAAUACAUAUUUGAAGGAAUUGUAUCAUUUUCUAUGGUCUAAAUAUGUUCAAUUGAAUCCUUUGAAAGACACCGAAAAGAUUAUCAAAGACAUUGAUCAGUUAUCAUCGAAAGAUGAAUCCCAGGCCCUCGAAAAAGAUGAUUCAACAAGCUAUUAUUGCAAAGCAUGUUCCAAAGCUUUUACUAAUAAAAGCGUUUUUGAUGGUCAUUUGAAUGGGAAGAAGCACAAGAAGAAUGCAGCAAAGCUUGAAAGCUCAAAAUUAAAUGAAAAACCUAAUUUAUGGUUUGAAAAUGCAAUAAAGAUUUUAGCUGAAGAACUAAAACCUCAAAUUAAUCACACUGAAAAAAUGUUGAUUUUAACGGAAAGAGAAAAGUUCAAUGAAUCUCAAAAUGAAAAUGAUUUAGAAAAUGAGUUUACUUCAACUGAACUUAAUUCCAGUAGUGAUGAAGAUUUCAAUGAAAGUGAUUCCGAUUCUGAUUCUGAGCUUUUCAAAAAUUUACCAUUGGGACUAGACGGUUCUCCUAUUCCAUUCUGGUUACAUAAAUUACAAGGACUUCAUAGAAAAUAUACUUGUGAGAUCUGUGGCAAUGCAACAUAUCAGGGCAAACAAAUUUUUGAAAAACAUUUUAAUGGUCAAAAACAUAUACAUGGUUUAAAGUGUUUAGGAGUUGAUGAAGUCGAUUUAGCAUAUUUCAAAAAUAUCACAAGUAUUGAUGAAGCUCAAAAAUUGAUUCAAACAUUGAAGAAACAAAAUAAAUUGAAACAAAAUGAAGUGCAAGAUGCAAUUGAGGUUGAAGAUAAACAAGGUAAUGUGAUGAGUUAUGUGGAUUAUUUAGAUUUAAAACGACAAGGUUUAAUUUAA